AUGGAAGAAUCUAAGAUGAUAAAUCCUUUCAAUAUAUUGGGUAUCAAGGAGAAUUCAUCUCCAAGGGAUGUAAAAAUUGCUUUUAGACAGAAAAUACAUUCAUCAUCAAGAUAUCAAAGAGCAAUAUGUGCAUUAGCAUAUGAUAUGAUUUGUUCAAGAGAUUCAACAAAAUAUAUGAGAUCUGGUAAUAAUUUUUUAAUUAUUAAAAAAGAUCAUUUUUAUUAUGUUAUUACGGGAAAUUAUGAAUUAUUUGUAAAAGAAAUAAAAAAACAUAAAUCUUUACUCAAUGAAAGAGAUGAACAUGGACGAACAUUACUUUAUAUAGCAGCAAGAAAUGGUUUUCAUAAUAUAUGUCAUUUUUUAUUAAGAUCUGGUUGUAAAAUUAAUGAAAUUCAAAAUGAUGGAAGUACAGCACUUCAUGCAGCAGCAUUUUAUGAACAUCAAUCAAUAGUUGAAUUAUUACUUGAAUAUGAAGCAAAUCCAAAAAUAAGAAAUAAUUUUGGAAAUAAUCCUCAAGAUGAAACAUAUAGUCAACAAAUAAAAACUUGUAUUCUAUCGAAAACUGAUGAUAAAAUUAAUUCAUUAUUAAAUCAAUUGAAAAAAGAUGGACUUACCAAAACUUUAAUUGUUAUAAAACAUUUUGAUAAAAUAAUUGCUAAAAAAAUUUUAAGAAAUUUAGAUUAUUGUUCAGAAUAUUCAACAUCAUAUUUACAUAAAUAUUGGACAUUAGCAUGGCAUGGUACUCACUAUAAACAUUUAGAAUCAAUUAUGAAAUAUGGUUUACAACCAGCUGGUACUGUUUUAUCACCUGGACAUCGAAUUUCUCCACAAAAUGGUCAUAUUAAUUUAAAUAUAAAAGUUGGAUCAUUUGAUAAUUGGGCUAAUGCUAUAUUCAUAUCACCAAGUAUAUUUUAUGCAGCGGAUAUAGUCUAUUCGGAAAGAAUAUUUUCUGAUAAUCAACGAUGGUGUAUUUUAAUUGAAACACGAGUAAAACCAAAUAGUUUUACAAAACAUCAACAGACAUUAUUAAAUCAAAGAGAAUUAUUACCAGGUGAACCAGAAAAUUUAGAAUAUAGAGUUGCUGUAAAAUCUGAUGAAGAUUUUAUUCUAAGAGUAGAAUCAAAUAGAAAUGUUAUAGUUACGGCAUUGGUUUUUGUAAAUUUAACAUUUCUUGAAAAUAUUGAUGAAUAUUAUCAAGGAGAAGAUUUAUUUGCUAAUUCAGAAGCUGAAAGAGAUCUUUUUUCAAUAAAUUGA